AUGAACAAGAACAUAAUUCUUUAUGCUUUGUUUUUAGUCCUAUGUGUUUAACCAACAAAGGCUUAUUCUGUUUUUGACUUUGGAUAUAGUGAUUUAGAGAAUGCCAAUCCAACAUAAUUAGUUUAUAAUGUAAAACUUACAUCAAAAACAGAUCGGCGUUUACUCAUUCUUAGGAAUAUUACAGUAUUUGCUUGUUAGUGCUAUAUUUGAAUGGAAAAAUCCUAUGCCUAAAAAUAAGUUAAGAAUGGAAAAUAUAAAAAGGGAAAUCAAAUAUGGUACAACAUAGAUAUUUUUACAAGUUGCAUAUUCAAUGGUAUAAUUACAAUAUGAUUAUAAUAGAUAUUCUAUCAUUAUGUCUAUCCAUAUUGUUAAUGGUAUCGUUAUUAUACAAUAAACUCAUAUGGAUUAUUGAAUUUUGGAUACGGAAUGGUCUUUUUGUAUAUUUGGACCACAGGUAUGAAUUAAAAAUGUAUCAAAUAGUAUUGGGAUAUUGGGUUCAUAGGAUUUUCCAUUUCAGAUUUCUUUAUAAGCAUGUUCAUAGUGUACAUCAUUCAUUUAGAGAACCAACUGCCUUUGGAUAUUGUGCAACACAUCCACUUGAAGGAAUCAGUGAAGUGAAUACUGUGUUACAUUUGGCAGAAUUGAUAAUACCAAUACAUCCUUUGAUGACUUUGUUUUUCUUUGAGUACAUCACAGUAAAUGAGAUGAUGGGACAUGAUGGAGGGUAAAAUAAUAAUAAUAUAUAUUAUAGUGAAUAUGAUCAUUCUGAUCAUUACAGACAUCAUCUAUAUUAUGUAGUAAAUUAUGGUGAUACAAUAAUGGAUGAAUUUUUUGGGACUGUUUACAAUUCUGUAAUAUAAUUCAAUUUAUACAUAGAAAAAUUACCCAAUAAAAGCUAAAUGUACUUAUGUAGAAUCUAUUGAGGAUAGAACAGAGGCUAUAUUUAUGAAAUAUAAAUGA